AUGGCUAUCGAGGAGGCAAUGCGCCGCUCAUCGAAAGUCUCCGUCGCUCGCGCGGAGACCGGUGGCGCGGAUACAGGCAAUGCGGACCGUACCCUCGAAGAUAUGGGAUACGUCCCGGAGCUCGCCCGCAAUCGCUCCGUCUGGCAGGUUACGUUCAUGUGCUUCAUCCUCUCUUCUGUCCCCUACGGUCUCUCCACCACCCUCUACUAUCCUCUCGCCGCCGGUGGCCCCGCCAACAUCGUCUGGGGCUGGGUCGUCGUCUCCUUCCUCAUUCUCUGUGUCGCCAUCUCCCUCGCUGAGAUCACCUCCGUCUACCCCACGGCCGGCGGUGUCUACUAUCAGACCUUUGUGCUCUCGCCGCUAUGGUGUCGUCGCGUCGCCUCGUGGAUCUGCGGCUGGUCCUAUGUGGCCGGCAACAUCACCAUCACCCUGGCCGUCAACUUUGGAACCACUCUGCUGUUCAUUGGAUGUCUGAACAUCUUUGAUGGUGCCGACGGAAACGGCCUGGUCGAGAACUUUGAGGCCUGGCAGACCUUCCUGAUCUUCCUUGCCAUCACUCUCCUGACCCAUGCCAUCUCGGCGUUUGGCAACAAGUGGCUGCCACAUCUGGAGACCUUCGCGAUCUUCUGGACCAUUGCCGGUAUGAUUUGCAUUGUUGUCUGCCUGCUGGCCAUCGCCAAGGAAGGCCGCAACAAUGCCUCCUGGGUCUUUGGCAGCUUCCAGCCCAACGCCGGCUGGCCCGCCGGCUGGUCCUUCUUCAUCGGCCUGCUGCAGGCGGCGUAUGCCACCUCGGCCACCGGCAUGAUCAUCAGUCUGUGCGAGGAGGUCCGCGAGCCCGCCAUCAUGGUCCCCAAGGCCAUGGUGGGCACCAUCGUCAUCAACUUCCUCGCAGGUCUGCUCUUCCUGAUCCCGCUCUGCUUCGUCAUGCCGGAAAUUAGCAUCCUCGUCAAUUCCGAUCAGCCCACCCCCGUCAUUUUCAAGCAUGCCAUUGGGAACAAUGCCGGUGCGUUCUGCCUGAUGAUCCCCCUGCUGGUGCUGGGUAUCAUCUGUGGUGUCGGCUGCGUGACGGCCACCUCCCGCUGCACCUGGGCCUUUGCUCGUGAUGGAGGUAUCCCUGGUUCCGGCUGGUGGAAGAUCGUCAACAAGAAGCUGGAUAUUCCCUUCAACUCAUUGGUUCUGGGCAUGAUCGUCGAGAUCUGUCUCGGUGCCAUCUACUUCGGUUCCGAGGCCGCCUACAAUGCCUUCUCCGGUGUGGGUGUCAUCUUCCUCACCAUGAGUUACGCCUGCCCCAUCGCGGUCUCGCUGGUCUUCCGUCGUCGCGAGGAUAUCAAGAACGGCAGCGUCAACUAUGGAGUGAUUGGCCUGAUUGCCAACGUAUUCGCCCUCGCCUGGAGUCUUCUCGCCAUCCCGCUGUUCUGCAUGCCGACCUUGAAGGAGGUAACUUUGGAUAGCAUGAACUAUGCCUCCGUGGUGUUCUUCGGCUUUGUCUGCAUCGCGGCCGUCUGGUACAUUGUCUGGGGUUACGCCAACUACCGCGGUCCCCCCACGGAUGCCGUGGACAACCAUUCCCUGUCUGACUCUGCCCCCGAUGCAACCGAAGAAGUCGACAAGGUGAAGAGCCCAUGA